AUGUCCAGUGAAGACAACUCGCCAUCCCCACGGAGGAUUCCAUCCAGAAACCCGUCCCCGCCCCCUGCGGAGAUGUUAGGAGAGGGCGUGGAUCUCCAUGCCGACAACAUCGGAGACACGGCCUACAGCAAACACUGGUUCUUCACCACGUUAAUGAACCUCAUCCAGGAAGUAGAGAAGUUAGAUCAGACUGGAGUCAAGAAAGAAGGAGAAGCAGAGGCUGCUGGGAUUGAUAUUGAUGAGGAGCUGGAGAACGAGCUCUGCAAACUGUGGGACAUGUCCAUUAACAAAGAUGUUGCACGUUUCCUGCAAGAAUUCCAUGCAGUAAACAUCCUGAUGGGAGUGAUCGACAAGUCUCGGGCUCCCAGGGUCACGGAAAUCUGUGUGGGGAUCCUCGGCAAUAUGGCAUGCUGUGAUGAAAUCUGUAAGGACAUCAGUAACAAUGAAAAACUUGUAUUGAUUCACACCUGUGUUUCCAACAAAGAUGUCAGAACAAACUGGCUGACUCCCAUGAAGAGGGAUAGUACAGUCUACACUGCCGUUCUGUUCAUGUUACAGAGCUCUACCAAUGCUGACUUGUUACACAACCUGAGUUCCCUGCUGGACCUGUUACUGGAUGUGGAUGAGGAGUUGCUGGUUGCGUGGGCUGCACCUGACUUUGUACAGGGGUUACAUGAGGCCAUCAAACAGACAGGUGAAGAGAAGGAGCUGACUGUAGAUUCAUACCUACACUGUCUACAACUGCUGUCAACUACAGAAAACGGAGUGCAGGCUUUAGUGGAGUGUACAGGUGUGCUGUUCCCCCAGCUGACCGCCCACGUGGCCCGGGUGUGUAGUGAAGAUGUCAUCGCAGUGGGAGGGAGGGAGAGGAGUCUGGCCUCAGCCAUGUCUGUUCUCAAUGUUCUCUUCUCUUCAGCUGGGGAGGAGGGACUAGUUCUCCUGGAGAAAAGUGAGUUUGUACUUUCCUAA